AUGAAAGUGAAGCCACUUCCUAUCCAGGAAUAUCUGAUGAAAGUGAAGCCACUUCCCAACCAGGAAUAUCUGCUGAAAGUGAAGCCACUUCCCAUCCAGGUAUAUCUGCUGAAAGUGAAGCCACUUCUCAUCCAGGGAUAUCUGCUGAAAGUGAAGCCACUUCCUAUCCAGGAAUAUCUGAUGAAAGUGAAGCCACUUCCCAUCCAGGAAUAUCUGCUGAAACUGAAGCCACUUCCCAUCCAGGAAUAUCUGAUGAAAGUGAAGCCACUUCCCAUCCAGGAAUAUCUGCUGAAAGUGAAGCCACUUCCCAUCCAGGAAUAUCUGCUGAAAGUGAAGCCACAUCCCAUCCAGGAAUAUCUGCUGAAAGUGAAGCCACUUCCUAUCCAGGAAUAUCUGAUGAAAGUGAAGCCACUUCCCAUCCAGGAAUAUCUGCUGAAAGUGAAGCCACUUCCCAUCCAGGAAUAUCUGCUGAAAGUGAAGCCACUUCCCAUCCAAGAACAUCUGCUGAAAGUGAAGCCACUUCCCAUCCAGGAAUAUCUGCUGAAAGUGAAGCCACUUUCCAUCCAGGAAUAUCUGCUGAAAGUGAAGCCACUUUCCAUCCAGGAAUAUCUGCUGAAAGUGAAGCCACUUUCCAUCCAGGAAUAUCUGCUGAAAGUGAAGCCACUUCCCAUCCAGGAAUAUCUGCUGAAAGUGAAGCCACUUCCCAUCCAGGAAUAUCUGCUGAAAGUGAAGCCACUUCCCAUCCAGGAAUAUCUGCUGAAAGUGAAGCCACUUCCCAUCCAGGAAUAUCUGCUGAAAGUGAAGCCACUUCCUAUCCAGGAAUAUCUGCUGAAAGUGAAGCCACUUCCCAUCCAGGAAUAUCUGCUGAAAGUGAAGCCACUUCCCAUCCAGGAAUAUCUGCUGAAAGUGAAGCCACUUCCCAUCCAGGAAUAUCUGCUGAAAGUGAAGCCACUUCUCAUCCAGGAAUAUCUGCUGAAUGUGAAGCCACUUCUCAUCCAGGAAUAUCUGCUGAAAGUGAAGCCACUUCCUAUCCAGGAAUAUCUGCUGAAAGUGAAGCCACUUCCCAUCCAGGAAUAUCUGCUGAAAGUGAAGCCACUUCCCAUCCAGGAAUAUCUGCUGAAAGUGAAGCCACUUCCCAUCCAGGAAUAUCUGCUGAAAGUGAAGCCACUUCUCAUUCAGGAAUAUCUGCUGAAAGUGAAGCCACUUCCUAUCCAGGAAUAUCUGCUGAAAGUGAAGCCACUUCCCAUCCAGGAAUAUCUGCUGAAACUGAAGCCACUUCCCAUCCAGGAAUAUCUGCUGAAACUGAAGCCACUUCCCAUCCAAGAACAUCUGCUGAAAGUGAAGCCACUUCCCAUCCAGGAAUAUCUGCUGAAAGUGAAGCCACUUCUCAUCCAGGAAUAUCUGCUGAAAGUGAAGCCACUUCCUAUCCAGGAAUAUCUGAUGAAAGUGAAGCCACUUCCCAUCCAGGAAUAUCUGCUGAAAGUGAAGCCACUUCCCAUCCAGGAAUAUCUGCUGAAAGUGAAGCCACUUCUCAUCCAGGAACAUCUGCUGAAAGUGAAGCCACUUUCUAUCCAGGAAUAUCUGAUAAAAGUGAAGCCACUUCCCAUCCAGGAAUAUCUGCUGAAACUGAAGCCACUUCCCAUCCAGGAAUAUCUGCUGAAAGUGAAGCCACUUCCCAUCCAGGAAUAUCUGCUGAAACUGAAGCCACUUCCCGUCCAGGAAUAUCUGCUGAAAGUGAAGCCACUUCCUAUCCAGGAAUAUCUGCUGAAAGUGAAGCCACUUCUCAUCCAGAAAUAUCUGCUGAAAGUGAAGCCACUUCCCAUCCAGGAAUAUCUGCUGAAAGUGAAGCCACUUCUCAUCCAGGAAUAUCUGCUGAAAGUGAAGCCACUUCCUAUCCAGGAAUAUCUGAUGAAAGUGAAGCCACUUCCCAUCCAGGAAUAUCUGCUGAAAGUGAAGCCACUUCCCAUCCAGGAAUAUCUGCUGAAAGUGAAGCCACUUCCCAUCCAGGAAUAUCUGCUGAAAGUGAAGCCACUUCUCAUCCAGGAAUAUCUGCUGAAAGUGAAGCCACUUCCUAUCCAGGAAUAUCUGAUGAAAGUGAAGCCACUUCCCAUCCAGGAAUAUCUGCUGAAACUGAAGCCACUUCCCAUCCAGGAAUAUCUGCUGAAAGUGAAGCCACUUCCCAUCCAGGAAUAUCUGCUGAAAGUGAAGCCACUUCUCAUCCAGGAAUAUCUGCUGAAAGUGAAGCCACUUCCUAUCCAGGAAUAUCUGCUGAAAGUGAAGCCACUUCCCAUCCAGGAAUAUCUUCUGAAAGUGAAGCCACUUCUCAUCCAGGAAUAUCUGCUGAAAGUGAAGCCACUUCCUAUCCAGGAAUAUCUGAUGAAAGUGAAUCCACUUCCCAUCCAGGAAUAUCUGCUGAAACUGAAGCCACUUCCCAUCCAGGAAUAUCUGCUGAAAGUGAAGCCACUUCCUAUCCAGGAAUAUAUGCUGAAAGUGAAGCCACUUCCCAUCCAGGAAUAUCUUCUGAAAGUGAAGCCACUUCUCAUCCAGGAAUAUCUGCUGAAAGUGAAGCCACUUCCUAUCCAGGAAUAUCUUCUGAAAGUGAAGCCACUUCUCAUCCAGGAAUAUCUGCUGAAAGUGAAGCCACUUCCUAUCCAGGAAUAUCUGAUGAAAGUGAAGCCACUUCCCAUCCAGGAAUAUCUGCUGAAAGUGAAGCCACUUCCCAUCCAGGAAUAUCUGGUAAAAGUGAAGCCACUUCUCAUCCAGGAAUAUCUGCUGAAAGUGAAGCCACUUCCUAUCCAGGAAUAUCUGCUGAAACUGAAGCCACUUCCCAUCCAGGAAUAUCUGCUGAAACUGAAGCCACUUCUGAUCAAUACGAAAGCUCUCCAAGAUCUAAAACAUACACGAAGCCACAGGAAAUAUUUCCGCUGCGUGGCCGCUGUAGCUGUUAGAGACUAUGAAACAAGGGCAAGGCAGCGCAGACAAGCAGGAAAGAGGAAUUUGCAACAUAAGAUGGAAGAGGAUGCAGACAAGCCAUCAUAUGGGGCUGGGAUACAUUGA